CGGUGAUGAGGCGGAUCCGCGGACUCGGUUCUCGGCGGCACAGUGACGUCCUGACGGGCUCCGUGUUCAGGACACCGACCUGCCUCUGCUGCCUCUCCGGUCAACCGGGAAUCUGUCGGUGUUAACGGAGCCGCGGCGGCGUGUGUAAUCCGCCAUUAGGAAGCAGGAGGGGGGAGAAGCUGUAGAUCAAGCCCGAGACAGGAGCUGCUCUGCGGGGGAAGCAGACGCAUGUUCCCGCUGACAUGUCCGCGGUUACCGGAGGAUAGACCGGCAGCUCUAUAACAGCAGGCUCCGUUACCGACCAGCAGCAGACGUAGGAGGCGAUUGGCUCGUCAUCUCAUGUCCUCACUGCCGGCCUUCAGCUGAAGGCGGCCGGUGGGAUCCGACCAAUGACCUGCCAGUCGUCAGAGUCCGCCGACACCAUCGAAGGCGAGAGACGAUCCGACAGCAACGCUACGACAGAUGAGAGCCGCAUCGCCUUAGCCAUGAAAGACCUGAGGAACACCGGCUGGUACUGGGGCAGUCUGACUGCCAACGAGGCCAAAGAGAUCCUGCAGGACGCGGCUGAGGGGACCUUCCUGGUGCGGGACAGCUCUCAGAGGGACUACCUGUUCACCAUCUCGGCGAUGACGUCCGCGGGUCCCACCAACCUGCGCAUCGAGUACAAACACGGCAAGUUCAAGCUGGACUCGGUGGUCCUGGUGAAGCCCAAGCUGAAGCAGUUUGACAGCGUGGUGCACCUGGUGGAGCACUACGUCCAGCUGUCCAGGACAGGACUCAAGUCUCCGCCCAGCUCUCAGCUGCCGGCCAAUAGCACAGUGCAGCUGCUGCUCACCAAACCCGUGUACACCACCACACCGCCGCUGCAGCACCUCUGCCGCGUGGCCAUCAACAGGACCACUCGGCGGGUCCAGGACCUGCCGCUGCCCAACAGACUGAAGGACUACCUGACCGACUACGUCUACAACGUGUAGCCGCCGUCCCAUCAUGCCCUGCUGCUGCAGCUCGGACAUGCAAUAACGAGCUGUGAGUCCGCAGUACUGAGAUGUCCCACCCUGACAGGAGCCUGAAUGUGUCGGCUGAGAAACAACCGAUUCUGUUUCUGACGGCGGUGCUGCAUACAGGAAGUUACCUCAGCUCUAACACAGGAAGUCAACGCUCCGCACGCUGCAGGAUGCUGCGUUCACUGACCACAGGGAGAGUUCAAAGAUCCCUCUGCUUCAGCCCACUGCAGGAGCUUCAGGACCAGAGUCACAUGUGUAACCACGGCGAUGUGAUUGACAGAUGGACAGAAUGAAGGUUUGGUCACAUGAUGCAGCAGAGUUUCUAUUGGCUGCUGAAUCGUUAAAACAUGCAGAAAAGUUGAGUUCACAUCAUUUGAUAACGGAGUCGUUUGAGGGUUUAAAACACAAUAUGACAUCAUAUCUAAGUAAGUGAUUUAUUAUAGAGUCUGGCUGUCGUGAGGCAUUGAUGGGUUUCAUUAAGAAGUCGUAUAUAUUGGUGCUUUUUGGAGUUUCACAGUCAAAAUUACGACCUGGCUGUUAACGAUAUUAAUGAGUCUGAAACUUGUAACUGUGAUAACUGCUGAUGUGUCAGAAGGUUGGAUGAUCUUCACUCAGCUCUGAGUGUUCACCUGCUGGACGUCGCUCAGGAAGAAAAAACAACAAUCUGUUUAUGUUUGGAUUAAAACCCAACAGCAGAGUGGUUUCAGGUUUUUUAUAACUGAUAACAAUAUUUUGACCAAUAUUCACUUUGACAUGAAAAGAAGAUUUUUAACAUCUGACUCGUUCGUCUUCAGGCUGAAUAUUUGAGAGUUCAGGAUAUCUCAUAACGAUCGAUUGGACGAUUCAUUUGUCUACACAAACAUGCAGAGUUGUGUUUGUUGGUUCAUUUAAUGUUAAAUUACAGACGAUUCAUCAGAGUCACAGAAACAACUCCUGCUUUAUAAAAUAUAUUAAAAAAUAAAAAUAAACGCUGGACGUUUUAUAUCCAGCUGAUCUAAAACUGAUCAAGUUUAUAUCAGCUGGACUGAAACUGUAAUAGAAAGUUUUAUUUAUAUAUUUGAUUAAAAGUUAAUCUCCGCAGCCUUUUUAAAACCAGUUAGAAAAACCUCAAAAGGUAAAAAAGAGGCAGUUAUGGUGCUACUGAUAAUUACUGACAUCAGUCUGUAGAUGGUCUUUUAGAAGAAAACCAAAUGUGAUUCUCUGAAUGUCUUCAAUUCACUGAAAAUUGACAGAAACUAAACAUCAACAAUCAUCAUUACUGUUUAGAAACUGAGCCGAGGAUGUUUAAACUCGUCUGAUUGGCUGAUGGAGCUGCAGGUAAACGACCUGAUCGAUACUCCUGCUGGAAAACAAACAAACGUGUUGAUCGCUUUCAUCUGGACAAACGUCACAGUCUCUUUAAUAACAAGUCCUCCACGUAGACUUUGUCCCCGCUGGCUGUAGUACUCACUGCCUCUGGACCAAUCACAUCACAGGAAAACAAACAGCUGAUAUGA